GGCGUCGGGCGAUCUCCGAGCCUUUCGAACGCAUAAACAUCUGCCCAGAUGAGUUCCCUCGCCUUUGGUGCUUCGCACGUUUCAUGAUGGUUAUAAAGAAACGGUAUGGCAAAUUGGAGAAGUUCACCAUCUUUGUGGCGCUCUUUCUCGUGUGCCUAGCUCCGUUUUUGAUCCGACGUGUCUACGACGGAGACCGUAACAUCAGGGAGCUGCAGUAUAACCGUACACUCAACGACAGUGCUGAAGACGACUGGCUCAACCAGAACCUGGGAACCAAGCUCGGCAAGGACUUUCCCUCCCACAAAAAGAAAGAUGACAAGGGGAAUCAGCCAGACUUUAGCGACUCCGGCGAUGAACACAGGAACGAGGGUGUUGGAGACAACAAGGCAGGCGAGUCAGUCACUGCCGCAAUAACCACAAUACCGCCGAAGAAGGCACCAGAAGGCGGUACCCAUGGCACCACAACAAGAAAAACGGAGCCUUCCAGUACCAAAAAGGUGAACCCGGUAAACAGUACUAGAAAGACAAAGCCAGGUGCUGGUAAGCCACACAUUCCCAAUAAGUACCUCGAAACGACCGUUAAGCCUAAAGACCCAGACAACAAGGGAAACCGCAAGGCUUCCGUGGACGUCGAAGUCAAGAAAGUCGAUUUGGUGGUUAUAUACGAAUCUCUAUGCCCGUAUAGCAGACGCCUCGUCUACAGCCAGUUACAGCCGACCUACACCCAGCUUGCGCCCUACAUCAAUUUAACCCUGUUACCGUUCGGCAAGGCCCACGUCAGGACCGAACGUGAUGGUGCGGGCCGCAACAUAACCAAGAUCUCCUGCCAACACGGCGAAAGCGAGUGCGUGGGCAACAAGAUUGAGACGUGCGUCCUGAGGGUGGUCAAGCAAACCGUGACUGCCGUUCAGAUUGUCGCAUGCAUGUCCGAAAACUCGUCUCCACACACAGCCGGCGAGAAGUGUGCUACGGCCUUCGGCGUCAAAUGGAGCUUAAUCGACACCUGCUUUAAGGAACACGGCGAGGAGUACCAACUUCAAGUCGCCGCAACGACCUGGAAGUACAAAAGUGAAGUGACGCGGGUUCCAAUCGUCGUGAUGAACGGCAAACAGGGUAACUACGUCAACUAUCACGCGCAGAACGACAUGAUAGUUAUUGUGUGCAAUGAGAUAAGAGCUCUGGGUAACGAGGAGCCAAAGGUUUGCCACGAUGAACGGAGUCAACGCCGACGGCGCAAACGCUAAAAGGGUACUCAAACUGUGAUACGUCGAAGAUGACGUUAAGGUCGCGGUGCUUGCGAGAGCUUGCAUGCAUGCAAACUUGGAAAAUAUAGGACGUGGCUCAACAUC